CACCUUCUGUGGGAAGAGGGCUGGCAGCUCUUUGGGCAAAUGAGUCAGCCACCUGGGCGUGGCUACCUCCCAGCACUGCUCCCAGUCUGUGUGCCCUGGGAAAGAAGAGUCCGUCUUUCCCAAAUGUUUCCCUUUCCUGCUCUACCUGUGGCUUUGAUUGUCCCCUCUGGCCUACCAUAGGUACUACGUCAGCCCGGCCCCGCCCUCCAUUGACUGCCCUCAUCCUCUCCCUCCAUGAGGGGCUGAGGUCAAUGGACUUUUCUUGAAGCCCAGAACCCAUUUACUCUGUGGUUCCAGUUCCUUCUCCCGCUCUUGUGAAACUCCGCAGUUCUGUAGGCAGACGCCCUGGCAGCUUUGAGUGCAGAGCGAUCAUCCUGACAGAUGAGGAGGUACAGCGUAAGAGGGAGAUGAUAAUGAAGAGAAAAGAGGAAGAGGCCUUGAAGGACAGUCUGAGGCCCAAGCUAUCUGAAGAACAACAGCACAUCAUAGCCAUCCUGCUGGACGCCCACCACAAGACCUAUGACCCCACCUACGCUGACUUCAGGGACUUCCGGCCUCCAGUUCGUGUGGACGGAAGUACAGGGAGCUAUUCUCCAAGGCCCACACUCAGCUUCUCCGGGAACUCCUCCUCCUCCAGCUCUGACCUGUACACCACCUCACUAGACAUGAUGGAACCAUCCGGCUUUUCCAACCUGGAUCUGAACGGAGAGGAUUCUGAUGACCCGUCUGUGACUCUGGACCUGUCUCCUCUCUCCAUGCUGCCCCACCUGGCUGACCUUGUCAGUUACAGCAUCCAAAAGGUCAUCGGCUUUGCCAAGAUGAUCCCAGGAUUCAGGGAUCUCACCUCCGAUGACCAGAUUGUCCUGCUUAAGUCAAGCGCCAUUGAGGUGAUCAUGUUACGCUCCAACCAGUCUUUCACCAUGGAUGAUAUGUCCUGGGACUGUGGCAGCCAGGACUACAAGUACGACGUCACCGAUGUCUCCAAAGCUGGGCACACCCUGGAGCUGAUCGAGCCCCUCAUAAAGUUCCAGGUGGGGCUGAAGAAGCUGAACUUACAUGAGGAAGAGCAUGUCCUUCUCAUGGCCAUCUGCAUUGUCUCCCCGGACCGACCUGGGGUCCAGGACGCCAAGCUGGUGGAAGCCAUUCAGGACCGCCUAUCCAACACGCUGCAGACCUACAUCCGCUGCCGCCACCCGCCCCCAGGCAGCCACCAGCUCUAUGCCAAGAUGAUCCAGAAACUGGCCGACCUGCGGAGCCUCAACGAGGAACACUCCAAACAAUACCGCUCCCUCUCCUUCCAGCCCGAGAAUAGCAUGAAGCUCACACCCCUUGUGCUGGAGGUGUUCGGCAAUGAGAUCUCCUGACCAGGGUGGCCCACAGUGGUGCCUGGGUAGGGCCGCUCCUCCAGAGCCCUGUGCCCAGGCCCUGGGCUGGUUGCAGCCCAGCAGUGCCUCCUGCCCUUUCUGGAGUUCAGUCCUUCCUCUGCCAUGGCCUCUGUCUGUCUGCCUCAUCCUUUCUCCUGCCCAGCCUAACACCUGGUCUCCCUUUCCUGUAGACCUCGAGUUGCUCCUGUCUCUUGAGACCUCAGUUAGGAGAGGCUGCUGUUUAUCUGACAAAGGAACUCAAUUGGGGAUAGAGGGCAGGGGCUGAAGGCAGAACUCUGCCUAGGGGAUGCCUCCACCACAAGGGGCUGCUGCUUGUGUCAAGGGAGGCAGGCAGAAGAGACGCAUUCACUCCUCAGGGACAGGUACCUGCACCUCCCCUCACUCCAGCCCUACCUGCCCAAAGCCUGGUGAGAAAUCUGGCCCCUGCCUGCGAAGGGUACACAACCUACCCAUCAUCCCUACUGUGUCCCGUCUCAUCCUGCCGCCUGUCUGUGUUAUUCUGACCCGGGGGAGUAGGUCACUGAGGGGCCUCCUUCCUCUGCCUUUAUACUCACGGGGCUCACUCACUGCCAAGAUGACCAAAUACACUACCACACGAACCAAGGAGCACUCACCCAGCCCUGCAGUUCCCACCUUUGAGGUUUUGCCAUGGGAAUUCCCCAGGGCCAGUACCUGUGGUACAGGGGGCUUCUUCCCCAUGCCCAGAACCAGGGACCUAGAAACCACCAUUGGAAAGGCCCCAGGAGAUAGAAUACAGGGCCCAAGUAAUGAAGAACAGAGAAAGUCAGCCUCCCAGCAGAACAAUGAAUGAAGGUCCAUCUAUCUUGGUCAUCAAGCUGAGGGUUCUGAAGCCUGGAGCUGUUGGGACCUCUCCUCUAUAGCUAUUAGAUGUGUCAGGACCAAGUUGUCCCCAACUUUCAGGAAAUCCAUAGCCCUGUCUCCAUCCCUUACCCCGCCAGUGUUUUACCACCUACCCAAGAAAGCAGGUCCUCUGGCCUCACACGACCUCCCAAUUUGACCACCAGGAGUAUCCCGGGAGUCAUCUUGGCAGCAGUGCCCCCCACACACACACACACCAAUGAGAGCUACCUUGUCCGCCCAAUAGAAUGGGAUGGGAGAAGACCAACAGCUGCCCAAAUGGGCCUCCGAGCCUCCUUUCCAGAUGUAAGGCCAGAUACAAAUGCUCCCCCCUCAGGGGAAAGGUGGAGGGAUGGUCAGAGCUUGUGGUACAGUGAUCUGGGGCCGGUUCCUCCUGACUCUCAUUCUACCACCCAAAAAGUCAAUGUAGGCCUACGAAAUGGCCAGGUGAUGGGCUAGGUUCUUAUCUUUAAUUUCUUCCUCUGUAGCAAUCCAGGACUUUGGAACCCUGGUCUCACUCACCCCAAAUACACACAUUGCUGAUCAUGGGUUGUGGAUGCGGGGGACCCAUACAGAGGAGGUUCUUUUCACAGGGGGACUCAUAGACGGUCCUUCAAGUGAAUGCUUGACCUGAGGAAUGCAGCCACGUUGGAAGCACCAAGAGAGGGCUAAGGUCAGUGGGAACAGGGCCCCACGAGCCCCGCAUGUGUCCUAGCUACAUUUUUCCAUUCCCUGAAAACCCCGAGAUGACAAAUUUAACAUGGAAAGAGCCAUUAGUGUCCGCCUGGCCCUAUGUUUCCCAGAAUUCCAGUGGGAAACAUCUGAAAACGGCUCUCCCGUUCUGCGGAACAGCACAGGGAAGGCUUUGUUUUAGAGUCAUUAGAUCAGGUGUUUUCAGAAUUAGACCCCACCUGUACUGUGUUCUAACACUGAGGGUGACGGCACCUGAUUCAGAGUGGGGUGUGUGUGUGUGUGUGUGUGUGUGUGUGUGUGUGUGUGUGUGUGUGUGUGAAAAUACUGUACAUUAAUGAUUAUUGUUACUGCAGACAAAAAAAAAAAAAAAAAACCUAGAGAGAGCGACCUUUGAUUUUAGCUGCAGAACACAUUGAUCCAGCUUACUGCUCAACGGGAGGGAAAGUUUGAAAGUUGAUAAGCGAAUCCGGCUCCUUUACAAUGAGAACCUGACAUCAGAGGAGAGUGUGGUCUACAUGGGCUCUUAUAAUUAGAAGCAUCCCCAGGCCUGGAGAAAAUCUGAACUGAUGGUCCUGAGCCAUUUUACAGUGAGCCUGUUUCCACUGCUCUGGUGGUUGCACCAGGAUCUGAGGAAGCCUUGGGUACUAGCGCCAGUCUGUAUCUGGGACUUUUCCUUCUCCCUGGGUAAUAAACUCACCCACCCAUCCUAAGGAGGGCAAGCACUCAGCCUCCCUGAGUGAGACUUGGUUUUAGGACUCUCCACAUCAGCCCUGCAUGCUGCUGUUGUCUUGUCAGAAACAUGCGUCAGCCUUUAGAAAAGCCUCUGUCUUCCUAGCCCUGGCCUGUCCAGGAAACUCCUCAGGCAUCCUGAGAAUACCAGUUUCUCAACCCAAGGGAAGUCUGGGAGGAAAAGACACGAGACCAAGUAGGUUUCAGAAGCUGAACUGAGAGGGAACAGCAGCAUCCAGUUUUAUCCUGAAUGUACAAAGGCAGGGCCUUGAAAGAGCUCGAACUUCUGAGGUGGAAAUGGGUUCCAAAACGAUAGAUCAGCAAGAUUUCCCAAGAUAGGGGAAUCCUCCUGCUGCCUGCGUGAGAGAAAGUGGGUCGGGGAGGAGUCCAAACCAGGCCACCAGAGAUGGUUGAAAGAAAUGACAAAUCUGGUGGACGUCAGACAUCAUGGCUCUGAAGAGCUUCCUUCCUAAGAGACUUCCCAAGAGAAAAACAAAAGUGUGUUUUUCCAGGAGCUUGUCACAUAAAAACCAAUGAAAAAGCUUUGCCAAUGGUAAUAAAAGAUGCUCACACAUCGCUUCUCGGCCUUUUGGCUAAGAUCAAGUGUAAAAGAUGCGCUCACUUUCAUAGCACUUGCGGUGUGAUGAGGGCCGCUGUAAAUAAAUGCCUUGUGAAAACCAA